CACACACAGCGUGUGCCUGACGGCUGACGAUGCCGGGUGCCGGCCGCGCCAUUUGUCUAUAUAUAAGCUAAUUAUAAGCUAAGCAAUCGUUCACAGCUAGCUUCCCUCAUCUUGAGAAAGAACUCCUCGUCCUCGCUCCCUCCCCAACCAUCAAGAGCGCGCACGCACACGCACACGCACACGCCGCGCGCAAGCCGGCCGACGUACGGCAUGGAGAAGAGCGCUACAACUGGCGGCGGUUCAAGCGGCGGCGGCGGAGAGGCUGCGGAGGAGGCGAAGGUGCCUCUGCUGCAGCCGAGGGCUGCGGCGGCGGCGGCGGCGGCCGAGGAGGACCAUGGAGGAGGAGGAGGAUACGACGGCAAGGCGGCGGCGGAUGAGGAGGGCAGGGACGCGUCGUGGUCGUCGCUGCCGCUGCGGCGGCGCGCGUGGGAGGAGAACAAGAAGCUGUGGGUGGUGGCCGGGCCGUCCAUCUUCACGCGCUUCGCGUCGUUCGGCGUCACCGUCAUCAGCCAGGCCUUCAUCGGCCACAUCGGCGCCACCGAGCUCGCCGCCUACGCGCUCGUCUCCACCGUCCUCAUGAGGUUCAGCAACGGCAUCCUGCUGGGCAUGGCGAGCGCGCUGGAGACGCUGUGCGGGCAGUCGUACGGGGCGAAGCAGUACCACAUGCUGGGCAUCUACCUGCAGCGGUCGUGGAUCAUCCUGUCGGCGUGCGCCGUGGUGCAGCUCCCCGUGUACCUGUUCACGGAGCCGCUGCUGGUGGCGCUGGGGCAGGACCCGGACAUCUCGGCGGUGGCGGGGACCGUGGCGCUCUGGUACAUCCCCGUGCUCUUCUCCUUCGUCUGGGCCUUCCCGCUGCAGAUGUACCUGCAGGCGCAGAUCAAGAACAUGAUCAUCACGUACCUCGCCAUGCUCAACCUCGGCCUCCACCUCGCCCUGUCCUGGCUCGCCGCCGUCCACCUCCGCCUCGGCCUCGCCGGCGUCAUGGGCUCCAUGGUCGUCGCCAUGUGGAUCCCCGUGUUCGGCCAGCUCGCCUUCGUCUUCUUCGGCGGAUGCCCUCUCACCUGGACCGGAUUCUCGUCCGCCGCCUUCGCCGACCUCGGCGCCAUCGUCAGGCUCUCGCUCUCUUCUGGUGUCAUGCUCUGCUUGGAAUUGUGGUACAACACCAUACUGGUGCUCCUCACAGGAUACAUGAAGAAUGCGGAGAUCGCACUUGACGCCCUUUCGAUAUGCCUUAACAUCAAUGGUUGGGAGAUGAUGAUCUCCAUAGGCUUCCUGGCUGCAACAGGAGUGCGAGUGGCGAACGAGCUGGGAGCUGGGAGCGCGAGGAGGGCCAAGUUCGCGAUCUACAACGUGGUCGUCACCUCCUUCGCCAUCGGGCUCGUGCUGUUCGUGCUCUUCCUCUUCUUCCGCGGGAGCCUCGCCUACAUAUUCACCGAGAGCCAGGCGGUGGCCGCAGCCGUCGCCGACCUCUCGCCCCUGCUGGCCUUCUCCAUACUGCUCAACAGCGUCCAGCCCGUGCUGUCAGGUGUCGCUGUUGGUGCCGGUUGGCAAGGCGUAGUCGCGUACGUCAACGUCACGUCGUACUACCUGAUCGGCAUUCCUCUUGGCGCAGUCCUAGGCUACGUGGUGGGGCUUCAUGUGAAGGGCAUUUGGAUCGGAAUGCUGCUCGGAACGCUGGUCCAGACUAUCGUGCUUCUCUUCAUAACAGUAAAGACCGACUGGGACAAACAGGUGGUGGCCGCUCAAGAGAGGCUGAAGAAAUGGUACAUGGAAGAGAACAGAAGGAUGCAGGCCUCGAGGGGGAAUCCUUGAGCCGGUCCUUCAACCAACUUCAAGCCUGGCCUUUGUGGGUUGCUGAUUGACACAAUUUUAUGCUAAUAUUUCUACUAUUCAUCACCUCAACAUCAAAGUGAGCCCGGCAUUCCAGAUCGUGUGCUCCUCGAGCCAAGCAAUGGAAAGGCACUGUCACUGUCAGCAGCAGUAGGAUAACCAAAAAAAAACAUUGUGUUAUUUGCUAAGUGCGAGUUUGGCUCAAUUUUCGCUAAGUGAGAGAGAGCCUAUGUUGGCUAAGUGCGACUUUGGCUCAAUUUUGGGCGUAUGCUAAUAUGUUUCACAACAGGGCAGUGCUUGAGAUUUGGGAUAUCUGUAGCGCUAUAACUGACUCAAUUUUGGGCAUAUGCUAAUUUGCUAAGUGCGAACAAAUUCAUGC